AUGCAGCAGGGGCGUGGUUUGUGCACGAGUCCCGCCCCUCGGCGGUGGAUAUUACCCAGCCUCCUCCGGGGUUCACCGAAGAGCCGUCCGGUGUCAGCUCCAGUCAGUCGGUGUGCGCGAGCGAAGAGGAAGCAGAGCAGGACAAUAGGAGACAAAAGGUCCCCUGGACAGGACAGAGACAGAGACAGGACGGGACUUUGGAGACAGCACUGGACUUUGGACUCUGUGGAGGUGUCUGCAGGAAGAGGAGUUGCAGCUCUGCAUGUCCCAGCCGGAGGAGCUCACACCCGGAGCGGAGGGUCGCACCGACCGUCAGUGAGCCCCACAGCCGCCACGCAGCAGCCCUCCGCCGGCAUGAGCCCCCCGCUGCUCCGCGCCGCCGCCGCCCGGAGCCUCCAGCUGCUGCUGCUGCUGCUCUGCGCCCACGUCCAGGUCUCCUCAGCUUCGGGACACUUUGAGCUCCAGAUUCUGUCGAUGCAGAAUGUUAACGGGCAGCUGCUGAACGGCGCCUGCUGCGACGGACCCCGAGACUCCACGGAUCGGCAGUGCACGGCAGACGAGUGCGACACCUACUUCCGGGUGUGUCUGAAGGAGUACCAGCUGAAGGUGUCCUCGGCUGGGCCCUGCAGCUUCGGCGCCGCCGCCACGCCCGUGCUCGGCCGGAAUACCUUUUCUUUACGUAACGCCAACAGCGACAAGGCCAGGAUGGUGCUGCCGUUCAGCUUCGCGUGGCCG